GACGAAAUUAAUCAUUUGAGGAUGGCAACAAACAACAACUGUCUAGACUGCGCGAGUGUGCGCGGAGAAAAUUGUAAAAAAAAUAAAAAGGAAAGAAAUGGCAGUUACUAGAGAGAAAGAAAAUUGUUCAAGAAAAAUUAAUGGAAAUAUACCUGCGCUAUCUCUCAACAGUGAUAAUAUGUCGACAUCUACCGACAGUGACGACGUAGCGGAUCCAACAUAUGAAAUUAGGAACAUUCAAAGUAUUAUAAACGUGACCCGUGAAAACAUCGAUGCUCUCAACGCGAAAUUUGCUGGUUUACAGCAUCCCCCGUCGCUAUAUCUCACGGAAUAUCAGGAAUUGACAGCUAAAUUGCAUAAUUUAGAGCUUAGGGAACGAACUUUGAGGGAGUUAUUGCAAUCCGAGUCGCCGGAUAGGAGUGAAGAGUAUUCGUGGCAGGAUGAGUCCAAGAAAUACGACACUCUCACCCGGCAGCCCAAGGUGUUCCUGCGGGCGCACCUGCCCAACCAGCAGCGUACUAGUGUGCAGGUGAAGGAAGGUGUCAGUUUACGCGAAGCGCUCUCCAAAGCGCUAAAACUUCGGAACUUGACUUGUGAAAUGUGUGAAGUGGUGAGGACAGGGAAUGAUGAAGUGAUACCGUGGGAUAUAGAUAUCACAAUGAUCGACGCCGAGGAGGUGACGGUGCGCACACUAGACAAGCUGCCGAUAAUGUCGCACAUGUCCCAUCAGUACACUCGUAAGACGUUCUUCACGCUCGCGUUCUGCGAGUGCUGCCGCCGGCUGCUGUUCAACGGCUUCCUGUGCACACAGUGCAAUUUUAAAUUCCACCAGCGGUGUGCGGACAAGGUGCCCAGUAUUUGUCAUCAGGUCCGCAUGCCCGACACAUACUACGCGGCGCUACUAGCUAAGAAUCCGGACACGCAGCCCGGCCUUCUGUAUUUACCGCCACAAUUCGGCUUUCAGAACAAGUCUGUCUCGCCAGCUAAGAAGAAGGAUUACGAUAUGAACUGGCAGCAACACCCGCGUUCGCUGAACCAUCAGGACCGCUCUAACUCGGCGCCCAACGUGUGCAUCAACAUGGUGCAGCGGCCCAUGACGCUCGCUGAGCACCAGCGGAAGCACAACCAGAGUAAUAAUUCCCCACAAUCGUCGAACUAUCUGACGUCGGGGCGGCACUACAAGGAUGACAAGGACAGAGGCGACCAACAACACAGUCAGAGUACACAGGCGUCCCCGACGGGCACGCUGCGGCCGCGCCGGGCCCGCGCGCGCUCGGCCGACGAGUCGUGGAAGCACGCGCUGUCGCCGCGCGAGAGCUACGACGACUGGGUCAUACACGCCGACGAGAUCCUCAUCGGCGCGCGCAUCGGUUCGGGCAGUUUCGGAACAGUGUACAAGGCGCACUGGCACGGGCCCGUCGCGGUCAAAACGUUAAAUGUAAAAACACCCACUCCUGCGCAACUACAGGCGUUUAAAAAUGAGGUGGCGGUGCUCCGCAAGACGCGGCACUGCAACAUCCUGCUGUUCAUGGGCUGCGUGUCGAAGCCGUCGCUGGCCAUCGUGACGCAGUGGUGCGAGGGCUCGUCGCUGUACCAGCACCUGCACGUGCUGGAGACGCCGCUGGCCAUGCUGUACCUCAUCGACGUGGCCCGCCAGACCGCGCAGGGCAUGGACUACCUGCACGCCAAGAACAUCAUCCACCGCGACCUCAAGUCGAACAACAUCUUCCUGCGCGACGACUGGUCCGUCAAGAUCGGCGACUUCGGGCUCGCCACCGCCAAGGUGCGCUGGGCCGAGGGCUGCGGCGCCGGCCUGUGGCAGCAGCCCACCGGCUCCAUCCUGUGGAUGGCGCCCGAGGUCAUCCGCAUGGACGAGCCGGCGCCGUACACGUUCCGCUCGGACGUGUACUCGUACGGCGUGGUGCUGUUCGAGCUGCUGGCGGGCGAGCUGCCGUACGCGCACCUCAACAACAAGGACCAGAUCCUGUGGAUGGUGGGGCGCGGGCUGCUGCGGCCGGACGCGCGCAAGGUGCGGCAGGACGCGCCGCGGGCGCUGCGGCGGCUGUUCGACGAGUGCGUGCAGUUCGCGCGCGAGCGCCGGCCGCAGUUCCGGCAGAUCCUGGCCGCGCUGGAGGCCAUGCUGCGCGCGCUGCCCAAGAUCACGCGCUCGGCCAGCGAGCCGCUGCUGGGCCCGCGCCUGCACGCGUCCGACGACUGCCUGGCCUACACCUGCGCCUCGCCCAAGACGCCCGUCCACUUCCACUUCGACGCCGACACCAGCUUCCCCGCCUUCUACGGAAUCCCAGUUCCAAACCCGAGACAUACGUAGAAGCGGUUGAACCCCGAUCUCACCCAUCCACACUGUGUCCGUUCGCGCCGACGCUUCACCCGCGCGACUGUGCACGAGCCGACACGUUUAGACAUCGUUGACGACAAAGUUUACACUCUAUGUCGAAUUUCACAAAAAGACGAACAUGUUGCUCAUAUCGCAAUCGAUACAAUUUUAUUUGAUACAUUUUCUCAGUCCGUGAAAUUUAUAAAUAAACUUAUGCGACUCGCACGUUUUUGUGAUUUACGUAUAGGACUACGAGUAAAUAUAGACUUAUCGCGUAAGUGUGUAAAAAGUAUGAAAUUAUUAAUAAAAACGUUUUGAAAUUUGAGUUGAAGCGUUUUAAAAUGUUGUCCGUUAGUCUGAGUUAUUGAUAAAUUAAAAUAUGAUGUAAAUAAUUUUAACGUAAUUUUGUAAAUUUAAUGUGAAUUUAUCGUAAAUCGUUUAUUUAUUGCAACUUUUAGAAAUUAAAAUUAAUUUUAAAAGACGUAAAAGGAUUCUAUUAAGAAGUGAUAUAGAAUAUUGUUGGUGGACUCAGUCGCGGUCGCGAAGUACACUGCGUUGUACAGCCGAUUGUCUCAUAAUAUUGAAGUAUUAUUUAUGUAAAUUAGGAAUGUAUUGUAAUUUAUUGUUAUUGUAAAUAUUAUGUAAUUACAGUAGGACUUAUGUUAAGGAACUUGUGUAUACAGU